AUGCAGUCCCCAACUACCGGAACCACCUCGGCAUUUAACACCCCCAUGGAUCGGAUCACCGUGCUGGAGCAGGACCGCUCGCUGCUCAGCCUGAUGACGAUCAUUCGCGAUGUCAACACCCAGCACCGCGACUUCUCCUCCGCCGUCGAGAAAGUCGUGCGCCGCUUGAUCUCGUCCGCGUUGAACCAUGUCCCUGCGGAGGAAUACACCGUCACCACUCCGAUUGAUACAAUAUACAAGGGCCUGCGCUUCACCAAGGGCGUGUGUGGUGUGAGCAUCCUGCGGGCUGGCGCGAGUAUGGAGCAGGUUUUGCGGGAUACAUGGACUGGACCCCUGAGCUUCGGCAAGCUGCUCAUCCAGCGCGACGAGGAGACGAGCAUCGCCAAAAUCUACUAUUCGAAGCUACCGGCGAGUAUCUGCAACGAUCUUGUCCUGCUCCUCGAGCCCAUGCUCGCGACCGGCGGCUCCGUCAUCAAGGCCGUCGAGACACUGACCGACCACGGUGUGCCGGAGGAGUCGAUCGUGCUGGUGAAUGUGGUCUCCUCGCAGAAGGGUCUUGAGGUUGUGACUGGGCGGUUCCCCGCGCUGAAGAUCGUGUCGGCUGCCGUGGACGCGGAUCUGACGGCGCAGAACUACAUUAGUCCUGGCUUGGGUGACUUUGGUGACCGGUACUAUGGUACUUGCUAG